AUGUAAAAUAAUAGAAAUGAAGAAAUAUUAAAACAAUAAAUUGAAAAUGAAAAACUAGAAUAAGAAAACAAGCUUUUGAAUCAAGAACUAUCUAAAGUUUUUAGUAAUUAAUAAUUUGUUUGUAAUUAAUAAUUAUCAAUAAAAAGGCUAAUAAAGAUAUGAUGAUAAAACAUUAUAGAUUUUAAUCAAGAUGGAGAAGUUUUAAUAAAAAGAAUCAAGUGAAUUGAAGUUUCGUCUUUAUCAAGAUGCAUAGGUUUUAGAGAUAACAGGUCUUAUAUCAGAAAAAGAUAAAGAUCAAUAAAUUUAAUACAAUGUCUUUUUUCAAAAAAUAAAGUUGUAAGCAAAGGUGACUGGCAAACCAAAAAUAAAUUAGACAGAGAAAAAAAUAGAAAUUAUAUUUGAUAUAAAAAGAACUUGAU